CGGUCAUUGCGCUCUGGGACCGGUACUGGAGUCGUGAACUACAAAAUUAUUCUCGCUAUGCAAGAUGCAACCAAUUACUAGCUGAAACUGGCUACAAACAUGAACCGAAGCGCCAAUUUUCCCUUCUUCAGGUAAUCGAUAUUGCUUUCUGGCGCAUGGCUUGUUUUUUUCUAUUGUUUCUGUUACGAGUUGAGGAACUACAGCUGGUCCUGUUACACCCCUUUGUGGCUGACUCAUUUCAAGUUUGCUUAUUCUAACCUUGAAUACUACUAUGGCCGAAAAGCUCGCACCAUUAAAACCGCCUGAGAGCUGUACAAUGGACUCAUCAUUAUGCUAGCGUGUUGGAAAUUUCUUUUCCUCCAUUACCGGCUGCUACAACACCUUUGCCCUUGUUGCAGGCGUUUGCUCUGCCAAUUAUGGCCAAUCAGAAGAAGUCGUGACCUCAGCAUUCGUGGCUACAAAUGUUAAAUUUGACUCUAGGAGGGGUUUUCUAUAUACUGUGUUUGUCACAACCGUUGUGGCCAACAACACAACUCAAACUCUAUUAAACGCACGACCUAUCCCCAUAUCGAAGGAAAGAGGAUAUUAGCUCAAAAUUAAAAUAAUGCCUGACGCUACCCCAAUAGCCGAAUGCUUUUGACGGAUUGUGCAAUGUCUUCCAAUACCACUAACACUGAAGUCAACAUUAAUAUACCCUCUUUCUUAUACUAUCUAUGGAGUCAUAGAUGAUUUU